AUGGGUUCGUCAUCUUCGUCGUUUAAUAAGUCUCCGUUUAGAGCAGACAAUAUGGUAAACCCUGAAUCUCCCACAAAAGAUAACUCUGUUCCGAUCACUGUGAAGUCUGACCAAAACGACGGCGUUUCGAUCAAACCUAAUAUGUUGCAAUCGUCUCCUUCUCCCAAGAAAAGCUUCGAGUCGCCGAGAAAGAGUACAUCGAUUCCGGCGGUUUCUCCGGCGAAUAAUAAUCACACGCCAGUCAAAUCUCGGUGGUCGNNNUCUUCUUCUAAGAAAAGCUUUGGAAGUAAAGAUGAAACCUUUUUCGAUACGCAGCAAUGGCUGCAAUCUGAUUCCGACGAUGAUUUCCACAGCGUAAAUGGCGAUUUCACUCCGUCGCGUGGGAACACUCCUAUGGGCAGCUUCUCAGAUAGGCCUCCUCGUUAUCAAAACCUUAUAUUCCAAGAGAAGAAGCCUCCUCGAGGCUCGUCUUCUCCAGCGCCACAACCGAGGAGGAAGAAGCUUGGUGAGCUAUUCAGAGACAGUAUAAGAGAGGAGAGAGAGGAAAGCUCUGAAGGGUCAUCAGCUUUAAGCACUCCUUAUCUCUCAGGUUCUAACUCUGGCGAAUUCAACAACGCUGCCAAUGGAGACUCGAGUGCGAAGGAAGAGAAGAAGAAGUCUAAUUGGCAGCAUCAUCGAUGUCUUCCUGGAUUCUCUUCAUGUAGUGGAAGCUUCAUGGAGAGGAGGAAGAAGAUGAGCUCUGAAACCGCGUUUGUCGCUGUGGAAUGA